AUCCUACCUUUGGUAAUUCCAAACAGGAACUUGGGAAGCUAGCUCACUCGCCCUCUCUAGGCAAGCAUUCAGAAAUAAAAAGAAAAAAGGACUGCUGUGCUUUCCUUUGAUUUGAAUGCCACCUGAGUGCGCUCUACCAAUCUCCGGAACAAUGUGAAAAAGGACCACCCAGCAAGAUCUGACGCCACUUCUCCUCUGGUGGGAAGGAUUUCAAGGUCGGCUCUCUACUUCAUCUGGGGUUUUCUCGUGGAUUAUUGCGACUGAUGGUAUUGUUGGGAUCUUGAUGUCUGUUAUUUGGUUUGGUUGCGUCGUAGAAAAUGUCAAAACUCCCUAAUUCUGCUCCUCAAGAAUCCAGAUCUACUCCAACUUCUCGACCGAGGGACCUGAAUGAAUCAGCAGCGGGAAUGGAGGAUCCAGAUGGGACCAUCGCCACAGUUGCUGAACUCAUUGAGCAUUUACAUGCCAACAUGUCCUCACCACACGAGAAAGAACUGAUCACCUCGAGGUUGCUGGGUCUUGCUAAGUUAAGAAAGGAUGCUAGGAUCGCCAUCGGAUCCCACUCCCAAGCGAUGCCUCUGUUCAUUGCGGUGCUGAGGAAUGGUACCUCAAUUGCCAGAGUGAACGUUGCACUGACUCUUAGUGCAUUGUGCAAGGAAGAUGACUUGAGAGUGAGAGUCCUUCUUGGAGGAUGUAUACCACCAUUACUUGCACUGCUGAAAUCCGACGCAUCUGAGGCAAGGAAAGCAGCUGCAGAGGCAAUCUACGAGGUUUCUUCUGGAGGAUUGACGGAUGAUCAUGUUGGCAUGAAGAUCUUUGUAACAGAGGGGGUGGUGCCUACUCUAUGGGAUCAGCUUGAUCCGAUGAUCAAACAAGAUAAGGUGGUUGAGGGAUUUGUAACUGGAGCUCUAAGAAAUUUGUGUGGUGACAAGGAUGACUAUUGGCGGGCUACACUUGAGGCUGGCGGGGUGGAAAUCAUUGUGGGACUCCUCUCUUCAGACAACCUGGUUGCUCAGUCCAAUGCUGCUUCGCUGUUGGCUCGCUUGAUGUUGGCUUUUAGUGACAGCAUUCCUAAGGUUAUCGAGGCUGGGGCUGUUAGGUCCUUGCUUCAUCUUCUUUGUUGUGACAAUGACAUAUCUGUUCGUGCUAGCGCAUCUGAUGCUUUGGAAGCUCUCUCCUGUAAAUCAAGCAGUGCUAAGAAAGCUGUGGUGGAUGCCAAUGGCAUACCUGUUCUAAUUGGUGCAAUAGUGGCUCCUUCUAAAGAAGCCAUGCAGGGUGGGUGGGGUCAGAUCCUUCAAGAUCAUUCUGUGCAUGCCUUGGCAAACAUUUGUGGUGGGAUGCCAUCUCUUAUAAUGCAACUUGGUGAGAUGUCCAUAUCAUCUCGAAUGCCUUCUCCUUUUACUGAUAUUAUUGGUGCCCUUGCAUAUGCUCUUAUGGUUUUCGACGAAAGUUCUGGGAAAUUAGAACCUUUUGAUGUGAUGCAGAUCGAAAGCCUCUUAAUGAAGCUAUUGAAGCCUCGAGACUCAAAGUUGGUUCAAGAACGCGUUUUUGAGGCAUUAGCUAGUCUUUAUGGCAACAGUUAUCUAUCGAGGGGUCUUACUCAUGCAGAAGCAAAGAAAAUGCUUGUUGGAUUGGUUACUAUGGCUGCUGAUGAGGUGCAGGAGGACCUCAUACACUAUUUGACGAACUUAUGCUCCGGUGACAUGGGUAUCUGGGAGUCCUUUGGGAAGCGAGAAGGCGUACAAUUAUUAAUAUCAUUGCUUGGUUUAUCAGGGGAACAGCAUCAAGAAUAUGCUGUCACUUUGCUCUCCAUCCUGACCCUUCAGGUCGAUGAGAGCAAAUGGGCUAUAACAGCUGCAGGUGGCAUUCCUCCACUUGUACAGUUGUUGGAAACUGGAUCUCACAAGGCAAAGGAAGAGGCUGCACAUGUAUUGUGGAACUUGUGCUCCCACAGUGAGGAUAUCCGUGCAUGUGUUGAGAGUGCUGGGGCUGUUCCAUCACUCUUAUGGCUGCUCAAAAGUGCUGGUCCUAAAGGACAACAGGCUUCUGCUAUGGCUCUUACGAAGCUUAUAAGAUAUGCUGAUGCAGCGACUGUUAACCAAUUGUUAGCAUUGCUUCUUGGAGAACUGCCAAGUUCAAAAGCCCAUGUUAUUACCGUGUUGGGUCACGUACUUACUGUGGCUUCACACAGAGACCUAGUGCAAAAAGGUGCUCCUGCUAAUAGAGGGCUCCGCACACUUGUUCAAGUUUUGAAUUCUUCUAAUGAAGAAACCCAAGAGUAUGCUGCUUCUGUUCUAGCUGAUCUCUUCAGUAUGAGACAAGAUAUUUGUGGAAAUCUUGCAACUGAUGAAAUUGUUCAUCCAUGCAUCAAGCUUCUGACAAGCAAGACCCAGGUCAUUGCUACUCAGUCAGCUCGAGCACUGGGUGCACUUUCCCGUCCGGCAAAAUCCACAAAUAAGAUGUCCUACAUUGCUGAAGGUGAUGUGUAUCCGCUAAUUAAGCUAGCUAAAACUUCGUCAAUAGAUGCUGCUGAGACUGCAGUUGCUGCUCUGGCCAAUCUUCUUUCGGACCCACAAAUAGCUGGGGAAGCUAUUGUUGAAGAUAUUGUAUCACCUUUGAUAAAAGUUCUCAGUGAGGGUACUAUGGAAGGAAAAAAGAAUGCCUCACGUGCACUGUACCAAUUACUGCAUCAUUUCCCUGUUGGUGAUGUGCUUACAAGUAUUGCUGAAUGUCGUUUUACAAUUUUUGCACUUGUUUCUUUGUUAGCUGCAACCAAUGUAGAAGGGGCUGAUUCAUCCGAUAUACUUGACGUGCUUGCUUUGCUGGCUAGAACUAAGCAAUGUGUCAAUUCAUCUUACCAUCCAUGGUCAGCUCUAGCAGAAUCUCCAUCUGGUUUGGAGCCACUAGUUCGGUGCUUGGCAGUUGGUCUUCCUCCUGUGCAAGACAAGGCAAUUGAAAUCCUUUCUAGGCUAUGCAGCGACCAGCUUGCUCUUCUUGGAGAUUUAUUAGGUAGAAGUACACAGUGUGUGUUUUCCCUUGCUGAGAGAAUUGUGGAAUCAUCCAGUUUGGAAAUCCAGGUUGGUGGGGUUUCUCUCCUCAUUUGUGCCACAAAGGAUCACACUAAUAAUGUGGUGGAUUCACUUGAUGAGUCUGGAUGCUUGAAACAGCUAAUUUAUUCUCUUAUUCAAAUGGUGAAAUGCCACUCACUUCCAGGCACAUUACAAUUUAGAAGAGCAGAGUCUGAAGUUGGUCGGGCAACAGGAGUUGUCAUGGAUAAAAGUGCACAAUUUCGAGAAGGAGAUGACUUUGAGGCUCCUGAUCCAGCAAUUAUUCUGGGUGGCACAGUAUCUUUGUGGUUGCUCUCUUUAAUUUCUUCAUUUCAUUUAAAGAGUAAAACUGUAAUCAUGGAGGCUGGUGGACUUGAUGUCCUGUCUGAUAAGCUUACAAGUCUUACACAGAACUCACAAGCACAAGUCGAGGAUAGUGAAGGAGUGUGGAUAAAUGCUUUACUUCUGGCUGUAAUGUUCCAGGAUGAGAAUGUAUGUCUCUCUCCUGCCAUCAUGCGGAUAAUACCUUCUCUUGCCUCACUGCUCAAGUCUGAUGAAGUUAUCGACAGAUAUUUUGCUGCUCAGGCUAUUGCAAGUCUAGUUUCUAACGGAAAUAAAGGAACACUUCUUGCUAUUGCCAAUUCAGGUGCUGUUGGAGGACUGAUAACACUUAUUGGUACUAUUGAGUCAGAUAUGCUUAACCUUCUUACGCUGUGUGAAGAAUUUUCUCUGGCACAUCAUCCUGAUCAGGUUAUACUUGAACGCCUCUUUGAGAUGGAAGAUGUGAGAGUUGGAGCUACUGCCCGUAAAUCUAUACCGCUGCUGGUGGAUCUCCUGAGACCAAUGCCAGAUCGGCCUGGUGCACCUCCAAUUGCUGUGCAUCUCUUGGCUCUGUUAGCAGAGGGAAGUGAUACAAACAAAUUGGCUAUGUCAGAAGUAGGGGUUCUGGAAGCUUUGACCAAAUACUUGUCAUUGAGUCCUCAGGAUUCUACAGAAACCACAAUUUCUGACCUUUUCAGAAUUUUAUUUAGCAGCCCUGACUUGCUGCAUCAUGAAGCAUCACAAAACUCUUUGAACCAACUUGUUGCGGUCCUAAGGUUGGGAUCAAGAAAUGCUAGGUAUAGUUCCGCUAGGGCACUUCAGAAUCUGUUUGAUGCUGAGAACAUCAGAGAAAUGGAAACAGCAAAGCAAUCUGUCCAGCCACUGGUUGACAUGCUUGAUACUGGAUCUGAGAAGGAGCAACAUGCUGCUCUUAUUGCUUUGGUCAAAUUAUUUUCGGGAAACACUUCCAAAGCUCUUGCUCUCAUGGAAGUGGAAGGCAGUCCACUUGAGAGCUUGCACAAGAUUUUGUCUAAUCCUUGUUCUGCGGACUUGAAAAAGAAUGCUGCUGAACUUUGCUUUCUCCUAUUUGGAAAUGCUAAACUUCGAGCACUGCCAAUUGCAACGGAAUGUUUGCCUCCUCUUAUAUCACUUAUGGGUUCAAAUGUGAGUGAGGUUGUACACUCAAGUGUUCAUGCUUUCGAGCGGCUGCUGGAAGACGAACCACAUGCAGAGCUUGCAGCUUCAUUUGAAGUGGUGGACCUUCUCGUUGGCUUAGUUUCUGGAUCAAAUUAUGAACUUAUGGAGACUGCAAUUAGUGCUCUUAUAAAGUUGGGAAAGGAUCGUCCACAUUGUAAACUUGACAUGGUUAAGGCAGGGAUUGUUGAAUGUUCCCUUGAGCUACUUCCUGUUGCACCUAGUUCUUUUUGCUCUUCCAUUGCAGAAUUGCUCCGUAUAUUGACAAAUAACAGUGGAAUUGCAAGAAGCUCAACUGCUGCCAUGAUGGUGGAGCCUCUUUUCUUACUUUUGCUUCGUCCAGAUUUUAGCAUGUGGGGUCAACACAGUGCCUUGCAAGCACUUGUGAACAUUUUGGAGAAGCCUCAAAGCCUUGACACUUUGAAGCUCACACCCAACCAGGUUGUUGGGCCUUUGAUAUCAUUUCUUGAAUCUCCUUCCCAAGCCAUUCAACAACUUGGCACUGAACUUCUCUCACAUCUUUUAGCUCAGGAGGAUUUCCAACAGGAUAUUACUACUCAAAGUGCAGUUGUGCCUCUUGUACAGCUUGCUGGGAUUGGAAUUCUGAAUCUACAGCAAACAGCAGUUAAAGCUCUUGAGAGUAUUUCUAUGAGUUGGCCUACUGCUGUUGCAGAUGCUGGAGGGAUUUUCGAGCUUUCUAAAGUUAUCAUACAGGAAGAUCCUCAACCACCACAUGCUUUGUGGGAGUCAUCUGCAUUGGUUCUCUCAAAUGUUUUGCGUUCUAAUUCUCAUUACUAUUUCAAAGUUUCUCAUGUAGUCUUGGUUCGAAUGUUGCACUCAUCUCUAGAAGAAACUGUUACUGUUGCUCUUAAUGCACUGAUUGUUCAAGAAAGAAAUGAUGCAUCUAGUGCUGUAGUCUUGGCAGAGGCUGGUGCAAUAGACGCACUAUUGGAACUUCUAAGAUCUCAUCAGUGUGAAGAAGCUGCAGGAAGAUUACUUGAAGCUAUCUUUAACAAUGCAAGAGUGAGAGGAAUGAAAGUAUCAAAAUACGCAAUUGCUCCUUUAUCUGACUACCUUUCGGAUCCACAAACAAGUUCUCAGCCUGCAAGGUUAUUGGCAGCUCUUGCACUUGGCGAUCUAUUUCAGAAUGAAGGACUUGCAAGAGCAAGCGACGCUGCAUCUGCUUGCAAUGCAUUUAUACGUUUGCUAGAAGAUCAGCCUACAGAAGAAAUGAAAAUGGUAGCUGUAUGUGCAUUGCAGAAUCUGGUUAUGAACAGCAGGACAAAUAGGCGAUCUGUUGCAGAAGCAGGGGGCAUAUUGGUAAUACAAGAGCUGCUCAUGUCUCCAAACUACGAAGUUGUUGGGCAAGCUGCAUUGCUCAUUAAGUUCCUUUUCUCUAAUCACACUCUUCAAGAAUAUGUUUCCAAUGAGUUGAUAAGGUCCUUGACAGCUGCUUUGGGGAAGGAGUUGUUGUCAAGAGAAACUAUCAAUGUAGAAAUCCUGAGGGCUAUAAAUAUGAUAUUCACCAACUUCUCUAAGCUCCAUAUUUCCGAAGCCGCUACACUUUGUAUACCACACUUGAUUGGUGCCCUCAAAGCUGGACCUGAAGCCGCCCAGGAGAGUGUCUUGGACACACUCUGCUUGUUAAAGCAAUCGUGGUCAACCAUGCCAAUAGAUAUCGCCAAAGCUCAAGCAAUAAUUGCCUCAGAAGCAAUUCCUGUACUGCAGAUGCUUAUGAAAACAUGUCCACCGAGCUUUCAUGAUAGAGCGGACAGCUUGCUGCACUGCUUGCCUGGUUGUUUGACUGUCACUAUUAAACGUGGGAAUAACCUAAAGCUGACCAUGGGAAGUACAAAUGCUUUUUGCCGAUUGACAAUUGGAAAUGGUCCUCCACGUCAAACAAAGGUGGUAAAUCAUAGUACCUGUCCUGAAUGGGAAGAAGCAUUUAAAUGGGCAUUUGAUGUGCCCCCGAAAGGUCAGAAGCUCCACAUUCUUUGCAAAAGCAAGAGCACAUUUGGGAAGACGACUCUUGGUAGGGUGACAAUCCAGAUAGACAAGGUAGUAACUGAAGGAAUAUUCAGUGGUUUUUUCAAUCUAAACCAUGAUGCCAAUCGUGAUGGUUCAUCAGGGAGGAAGCUCGAAAUUGAGAUCCUAUGGUCUAACCGGGAGAGACCUAACGACAGUUUAUAGAUGUUUAUGUGAGUGGCAGAGGUUGGUGAUCCCCCUGAACUAUUUGGGGGCUUAGUCUGCAUUUACUUAGUUUGCUCGAUUCUGUUCAAGUCCAGUUCUGCAGAGCGGCAAAUGCUGUUUGCUGAAGUGGCAGCAGUGUACAUGUCCAAAGUUGGUGUUUCCAUAGAUUAAGGGGUUUUUCAUUCCUGCAACUAUGAAGGCCGAGAUCUGCUGUAUUUGUUUUGGCGAAAGAGGAUCUGCCAGAAGUUGACGGGACGGAUUUACCUAGCUCUUUAUUAGGAUUUGUAAUUGAUGUACAAUAAGAGGCGGGAGGAAUGGCUGUUGGGGAGUGAUUAUCACUUUUUUUGACGUUGUGCUGUCGAAGCUUCUCUGAGAAGCUAGUUAAGCGUCUAGUUUGAUGUACAAAAUCCAUAGGAUGCAUCUUUGCAAGGCGGUGAGGGGUUGACCUUUUCUAUGCAGCCUCAGCAUUUGUUAACACGAUUGGAACCGUUGUACAGAGUUGUCUAUGUGCCUGAUGGCGCAUUUUACAUGGUUUAACUGAAGUAUUUUCACCA